AUGAAUGUUUUUGUCUUCAUCUCGUCCCCAGAUCCGUACGUGAAGGUGAACGUCUUCUACGGACGUAAACGCAUUGCCAAGAAGAAGACGCACGUGAAGAAGUGCACGCUGAACCCGGUCUUCAACGAGUCCUUCAUCUACGACAUCCCCCCGGAGCUGCUACCCGAGAUCUCGGUGGAGUUCCUGGUGGUCGACUUCGACCGGACCACCAAGAACGAGGUGCUGGGCCGCCUGCUGCUCGGCCUGCACAGCCCUGCGCCCUCCGGCGCCUCCCACUGGAGGGAGGUCUGCGAAAACCCCCGCCGGCAGAUCUCCAAAUGGCACAACCUGAGCGAGUACUGAGGGAGGACCCGCUGGGAAACAGAGACACACACACACACACACAGACACACACACGCACGCACGCACACAGACACACACACUGUUGUGAUCAAAGUUAAAGGGUAACUUCGGUAUUUUGCAACCUGGACCCUGUUCCCAUGUUGUUGUGUCUGAGUGACUGAUGAGAACAACAAUCUCUGAAACUGGUCCAGUAUUUAUCAGUCAGCGUCCACUAAAAGUUGUGUUGUUGCUGCUGACUCAGGUUCAUCAUCUAAGUGUCUGACAUCAUUAUGGGAUGGAUCCCUACAGAGAUAGACCUUUUAGUUAAAGAGGAAGAUCCUUUUAGUUUAACAUGAAACAGAAAUCACCAUCACCAAACCCACCAGACUCCAUGUAAAUAAUCACUA